CUUACCAUUAUACAACGGUCAUCCCGAGCGGUUUAUUCUGACAAAUGGUAAGCACCCAUUGUGUCUGAUAUGAAGCACUCCUGUGUUAACCUAGGCAGAUAAAGUCAGGAAUAGGGAAUGGAAGUGGACUCCACAUACAGCACUUACUACCCUGCGCUUAUUACAGAACAAUUUGUUUUUGUUGAAAUCUUAGUGAAAGUCCCAUCAAAAAUUCUUCUCUUGUAAUGAAUACAAUUGGCAGCAUUAAAUUUCGUGAAGAUCGCAGCACGUUACAACGAUAGUGCGCUAUAAACAUCUGGAAAAUCCUCCCCAUGCAGUUUUUUGGCGAAAUCGCAGCACAACUCUACUUUAAUGACUGCAUUUUUGAUUGAACAGCCAUCAUUUUUCAUUCAUGUUCCCUCGGCCAAGGUUAUACAUUCAGUAAUAUUCAUUUUGUUAAAGCUGGCCCCCGACGAUGGAUAAUUUCAAAUUUAAAUUUCGUUUUUACCUCCUUUCUCGUGUCUUUGUCGUGACUUCUUUGACACCAGGAUCAGUGCAACUUAAUUUAUUUUUCUGUUCUUUUAGAAAAACCGGAAAAAAUGUUAGAAUUGGAACUGUCAGUUGCAAUAAUUUUCUAGCAAAAUAGGCUUUUUCAGUCUGGAAAAAAAAAACAGUUCCGGCGAUAUAGAUGACUAAGGUUUGACCAUUCAAAUGGACACGGUUUUUGGAUCAAUCAAUUGCACGCUUAUCAAUCCGUGAUGUUUCUUUUUUGAAAACUAGCAAUAUAUCAUGACAAUCACGAUUAUAUUCGACAAAAGGAAAAUUAAUUCUGCCUCGUGCGAUUAACAAUGACUAACUGUAGAUUGGAAAUUUUUGAAUUAUCUUUUGAGACUCUAUGAGUCUAAACAAUAAAUAGUGUCUAUUUAAAUUUUGUUAUGGACUAAUGAAGGCGGUUAAUUGCACUGUCUGGGGGCUUAACAAGAAUUUUAAAACGGCAUUUAUAAUAAUUGAAAUAAUUCAUUAGCCAGCUCGGUAUAUCUUUGUAAGUUUGGCGUAAUGAGUGCAGUCCAUUAAUGAUUUAUCCAAACCUGAACGAGCUCAGCCGUUUAUCUUUAAACAUCUUCCGUUGGGAAUCAUUAAUAUGGAAACAUUUGUGCCUAUGGGUUUCAACUGGUUAUCAUUUGACGCGCAAGCAGAGAAUUUCUUUGUCUUUAAAUUAUCCGAGGUCGAUCUGUGAAAAAGGAAAAACACCAAACCGUUCUUUAUUGUUGGCCAUUGUGAAAGAAGUCUUGCUAUUUUGAGCUGCAAAUUCUUCAAUUACAAAUAACUAUCGAUCUUUCUUUCGCCAAUAUUGGGAGGAAGAGAUAAAAAAGAAAACCGGCGCUGAGUAAAUCCGAUAUGAAAAAGCACGGAAUCUAACUUCUUAACUCACACCAAACUGAUCGGCGACUUCGCCUCGAGUUAUGAAAUCCCCAACUAAAUUUGAAUGGUGUUUAACUUCCGAUUGCAAGUUCUAAUUAACUUUUAAGAGCAAUAAGAACCAUAUUACGGAUACAAUGAACUGUAAACGCACUUUCCUCGAGAGCGAAUGAUAUCUAGCACAUGGAGCUUAUUGUUUGUCGUGAUUCAAAGUAAUGGAUAAGCUUCUCGGGAAUUUUCUAUCCUGAUACACAAAACGAACAAACACGAAGCAAAAUUUCACGCAGUUUUUCUUCCGCAAAAGACUUUUAAAAAGCCAUAUCAAGUCAUCAAGGAAUUUUGAAACUCGUUGAAGAAUCGCGUGAGGUUAACAACUGUAUUUGCGUUCCGCCCUCCAAAUCUCUUCAAUCUCGCUUCACAGCUCAUCUGUAGUCCUAAAAUUACUCUUGCUUUUAGCGCGCACUGUAUCAAAAAACAGCGUUUAUCUCAUCUAUAAAGCGCAGCGAUAGCAGAGCACUUUGAACCUAAAACAUCGGCACUUUUGCCGUGUUUCCGACUUGAUGUCUUCCGCUCAUAAGGAGCUCGCGUGGACGUGUUUGUUAUCUACGAUUAUUGCCUGCAGCGUACGGAGCUUAGUUUAAAUGACUGCACAGAGAUUUGCGCCUUCAUUCCGGCAACAAGACGAGGAGAGGUUAAAAUCAGCGAUGGCCUGUCCACCGUAUCCAACCGAGGUGUCAUACGCGCCAUUUCAGCAAAUGGUUCGAGAAACACCGAUUACGAUGAUGCCUUCGCACCCAGCGUCUCUACCGCCUGUGUCUCACUGCAGCAAGAUGGACCCUCGAGCCAACAUUCAUGUCGCGUCUCCAUUUGUUCUCAACCCUAUAGGGAGUUUUGACAGCGACCCCGGCAUGGGAGCUUCGCAUGGCCUAGGUUUUGCCAUCGACACGUCCAAACUACGCGAAUUGGAAGAGUUUGCAACACAGUUCAAACUCCGACGCAUCAAGCUGGGUUUCACACAGACAAAUGUCGGCGCAGCGCUAGCCACAGUCCACGGCACGGAUUUUAGUCAAACCACCAUCUGCCGCUUCGAAAAUCUCCAAUUGAGCUUCAAGAACGCUUGCAAGCUGAAGCCGAUUCUGGCGCGCUGGCUCGAGGAGGCUGAAUGCACGGGAGGGGCGUGUGGAGACAAGUUUAACGCAGAACGCCGGAGAAAGAGACGGACGACAAUUGGGCUUACUGCUAAAGAGCACCUAGAGGAUCACUUCCUUAAGCAACCCAAGCCGUCUUCACAAGAAAUCAUUCGCAUAGCCGAAGGCUUACGCCUGGAUAGGGAGGUUGUUCGAGUUUGGUUCUGCAAUAGGAGACAGCGAGAGAAACGGGUAAAAACCUCUUUGAGUAUUCAUGGCUUUCUUGGUUGCAAGAACGAUUGAGUCAUGUACGGACACAAGUAAAGAACUUUCUUAAAAGCGGUCCAUUAGUAUAUAAACUCCGUAACCAAAUUCCUCGUUGGAAGAAGUUCUUCUUAGAUCGAUAAACACUGAGUUAAUAUUGGUUUUAAACCAUUGCAUUCUAUAACAAAAAUUAGCUUAGUUUAAGAGCGCGAAGUAAACUCUUGGCAAAAAUUUAACUUCUAAUUUCAAUUUCUUUGCAUAAUGGAGGCUAGAAGGUGUGUUUUGUAGACUCGAAAAAUUACUUUAUCAUUUAACUUGUUUAUAAAACCCAGUAUAAUAUUAAAAUGAAUCAAGUUGAAACAUUUCGCGUGUUGCUGGGAGGACUCCUAAGGCUUGUGAAAUUGCUUUUAAAAGUCAGUGUUUAUCUUUGUAUGUAUUCAGAGGUAAACUAAAUCGAACUGUAAUUCAAGGCUAAUUGCUGGUUAUAAAUAUGUAGCGUGUACAGAAAACGUUGCUGUUAAUAAACCCAGUUGAAACAUUAAGUUGACAGCGUCAAUGUUAGCCCAUUUUCUUAAGCGAAUAAAAUUUAUUCUUAGUUUGAAAAGACAGGUUUAAAUUUAGCUCUUUAUUUCAAUUUGUCUGCAGGCAUUCUUUAAAAUUAUAGACACUGCUAAGGCAUAUAUGAGCAGUUUCAACCGUCGAGGAAGAAAAUUCACGACUCUUGCUGUACGCUAGAAAUAGAAAUACGGAUUAGCAUCGACUGAUGACAUUUAUCUAAAAAUUUGUGAUCCGCUUUUCGCUUGGAAUAUGGUUUUAUACCCCCUAUAAAACAAAAAAGAUGCUUUUUGUGCUUUGCUAUAAAGUUGAAGUUCAAAUUCCCAAGUUAAUUCGUUUUUUAUCUCUCAAAACGAAAGAGCCAAAUUUCUUUGAUUAUCAGUGACUUCAUGAUCAGAUUUCCAUCUCUCGUUGUGAUACAUCUCCUACAGCAUCCGCAAACACUGAAAGAGGCCAUUAAACUGUCAGACUUGUAGUGUAAACAUUGAAUUGUGAAUUUUGUAAACACACAUUAAUUUGAAUUUAUUAGUUGAAGCAUGUGUAAAAGACAAUUUGAAGUCUUAUACCGGGUCAAAGCAAGAAUGUAAUGAAAUAUAACAGCUCUUUAAAUGAAUCUUAGAGAGUUUCUUACUUGAGUGUCGAAUGUAUAACUCGCAUUUGCUUUGGUUUCCCUGUUUUAGUCAGAGGUUGAAUGACAGCAUUCUGAACAUAUGCAAGUUCUCCGUUCGAGAGGCGGAGGAAAACCAUAUACUGCAGCACUUUAAUUUAAAAGCCCGCGUGAGAAAUUUGAAGAAUUCAACUUCGCGACCAUGUACUAAAGCAGGAAUACCAGAACAAACUAAAUAAAGCCUAGCAUAGCCGCCAUUCGUCAAAAACUUAUGUUUUAACACGGCUAAUACACUUAUCACCAGCCGACAACUACAAGUAAGUUAUGCUGAAAACACGUUAUUUGUAUUUUAAUUACUAGAGUUGAAAUCGCUCGUUCUAAUGUCAAACUUUUCACGCGUCAA